AUGUUUUCAUCAUCAUUACUAUGUUCAGCAAGAACAGUUAAAAUCUCUGACGUUUGUUCCAAACACCCAAACCCUUAUAACUGUAACAACAUCUUGAAUUCCGUACCAGGUGCUUCAUUAGGUGCUGAUCUUAAUAGCCUUUCAAAAUAUGUAAUAACCUCAGCACAUGUUUAUGCCUUUGAUACCAUAACCCUAGUUCAUAAUCUCACUAGGAGUAUUAAUGACAAACAAUUGAAACAACGUUACCAAGCUUGUUCCAUGGACUAUGAUGAUGUCUUGCUUUCUCUAACACAAGCUCAACAAUCUUUUGUCAGUGGAGAUUACAAGGGCAUGAAGUCAAAUGGUCAAACGGCUUUGAAAGAUGUUCAAGAUUGUGAUUGGAAGCCAGGCAAUGAUCAAUCGGAUCUACCUAAUAAGAACAAGUAUUUGGAAGAUGUUAUCAAUAUUAUUAUUGUUUUUGCUGAUUUUCUAGCAGGGGUUUAUUAG